CUCCCACCUGCGUCGCGUACCCAGCAUCCCCUACGACCAUAGCAAAGACAGAGUUGCUAGUCAUCCCGCUGCCGGAACCGGAAAUUGAUCCUAGUAAGCACCGGGAACCGAUCAUGAAGGAGGCUACGGCUAAGCGGCGGGAGCCCGAAGAUGUAGAAAUGAAAGAAGAAGAGCCGGCGGCUGGAACCGGGGAGGGAGGGAAGAAGGAGCUGGACAGCGUCACUUUGGAGGAUAUUAAGGAACAUGUUAAGCAGAUUGAAAAAGCUGUUUCUGGGAAGGAGCCGCGCUUUGUCCUUCGCGCGCUUCGAGCUUUGCCAUCCACCUCACGCCGUCUCAACCCAAAUGUCCUGCACAAGGCUAUCAACGGCUUCUUCACAUCCAACCCUGCCACGCGUGACAUGCUGCUUGGUUUCCUGGAGGAGCUGAUGGACACGGAAGGAGACCUGCAGUUCCGUCCUCGCACAGGGAAAGCUGCUUCAGCACCUCUGCUCCCUGAGGUAGAAGCUUAUCUGCAACUGCUCCUGGUGAUUUAUCUGAUGAACAGCAAGCGCUACACAGAGGCCCAAAAGGUGUCAGAUGACCUGAUGCAAAAGAUAAGUCCCCAGAAUCGUCGCGCUCUGGACCUGGUGGUGGCAAAAUGCUACUAUUACCACUCCCGCAUCUAUGAGUUCCUCGACAAGUUGGAUGUAGUCAGGAGUUUCCUGCAUGCAAGGCUGCGCACCGCCACACUCAGGCAUGAUGCAGAUGGGCAGGCUACGCUGCUGAACUUGCUGCUUCGAAACUACUUGCACUACAACCUUUAUGACCAAGCCGAAAAGCUGGUAUCCAAGUCUGUAUUUCCUGAGCAGGCGAACAACAAUGAAUGGGCUCGAUACCUUUACUAUACUGGUCGUAUUAAAGCUAUCCAGUUGGAGUAUUCAGAAGCCAGGAGAACUUUAACCAACGCGUUGAGGAAGGCUCCCCAGCACACAGCUGUAGGCUUCAAGCAGACGGUCCACAAACUUUUAAUUGUAGUGGAACUGUUACUUGGAGAGAUCCCAGAUCGUCUUCAGUUUAGACAGCACUCGCUCAAGAGAUCACUAAUGCCCUAUUUCUUACUCACCCAAGCUGUUCGCACGGGUAAUUUGGCCAAGUUCAACCAAGUCCUGGACCAGUUUUGUGAUAAGUUCCAGGCAGAUGGAACGUAUACUCUUAUCAUCCGCCUAAGACACAAUGUCAUCAAGACAGGUGUUCGCAUGAUCAGUCUCUCUUAUUCAAGGAUUUCAUUGCCUGACAUAGCCCAGAAGCUGCAGCUGGACAGCCCUGAGGAUGCAGAGUUUAUAGUGGCCAAGGCCAUCCGUGAUGGGGUGAUUGAAGCCAGUAUUAAUCACGAGAAGGGCUACGUCCAGUCCAAGGAGAUGAUUGACAUUUACUCCACACGGGAGCCCCAGCUGGCUUUCCACCAACGCAUUUCUUUCUGCUUAGACAUACACAACAUGUCCGUAAAGGCUAUGAGGUUCCCACCAAAAUCCUACAACAAAGACCUGGAGUCUGCAGAGGAACGCCGUGAGAGAGAGCAGCAAGACUUAGAGUUUGCUAAAGAAAUGGCAGAAGAUGACGACGACGGAUUCCCUUGACCUCCAAACCGUUCGCGCCUCUGCAAUGUUUAUAUCUUGGUUUUUCUUGGUGUGCCCUACCCCUCCUUUUAAGUAUUUUCUUAAGUCACAUCGGUGUCGCCGUUCAGUGCAGAAUUGGGAGUUAUCUUGGAUAAUAAUGUAACACUGGGACUGAACGGACAUCACCACAUAAAAUGGCAACUUGCGUUUGGGACCAGCCAGCCCUGGACAUUACUGGUUGUGUCCCCUUUAUAACCAUUUCUACGUAGGAAACCCCACUUUCAUAUUUUUGUUCAAUUCGCUUUGCGGUUCAAAUACAAUUAAGUCAAGAAAACUAAACUUGGUCCAGUUUGCAAAAUGUGUUAAUAAUAGCAAGAAAUCCGGGGCUUGCAGUCGCGGCACCACUGUUAUUUUGGGAAGGCAGCGGGUGCCAGCAAUGACCUCUCUGCAUUCAGGAAAUAUUAAUUUACCCUUAAAGUCAACAACUUACGCAUAUAAUGGCAUUUUUUGGCAGCGAGACUGAAAAGUACCGAAUAUAGUCUUGCUUUUUAGUUAUUCAUUAAAUGCUGUUUGUAACCAGAUUGGUUGAAAAAAAAAUGAGCAAUACCCGUGUUUGUGUUUUUGAUUAUUUUUCUUGUAACCGUAUAUGACUUGAACAGUUAGGUUUUCAAAUCGGUAUGUUCAGAAACAGGUAAUCCCAGGUAAAGAAAUUGAAACUGGAGUUUAAUAACCAAGGCCCACAUUUAAAAAAAUACUUAAAUAUGGUUAUAUUUACUGAGACAUUAAAAGCACAAUCUCGUUCC